GUCAAGGCCACAUUGGAAGCCACCACUUUUCAAUCAGGAACUCCUCAUGCCAGUUAAUCGCCUGCCUAGGACCUACCUAUCUACCGCGUACCGAGGCUGCUCUUACGCAUAAUCCGGCUGACAUACAAGAGUGCUGUAAGAUGCGCCCUUGUUCAAAUAUCCACGAGUAAUGCCGCCUUAUCGAAGAGCCUUCGUGAUAAUAUGCCUCCUAGCUCCUCUUUUCUACAUUUACUGGCGAAAACUUUGGGCCCCCAACACCUUAGACGGCCUCAGCGGGCGUUUUCUUCUCUCAGAAGAUGUGCUGAAUAGCACGCUAGGGUUCUCCAAAAUAUUCGUUAUAAAUCUACCCGCGCGUACAGACCGGCGAGAUGCGAUGGCCCUGGUCGGUGCCGUCAGCAACCUCAGCUUCACCUGGAUCGACGGCGUGUCCAGUGAUCAGCUCUCAGCCUCAGACCGCAUCGUGUCGGGGAACAGGAAAGGUCACUAUGCAGGAGCGAUAGGGUCUUGGAAGUCUCACAUGAAGGCUUUGGAAGCCAUAGUCGAGGCGAACCUGGAAAGCGCCCUCGUUAUGGAAGACGACGUAGAUUGGGACGUACGAUUGAAGUCACAGCUCCAGACCUUUGCUUCCGCCUCAAAAACCUGGCUCAGGGAGUCGAGAUCCUAUAGAAGAUCCGGGGAGGAGGACUUGCUCGACUUUGUCCCGCCAUCUCCUUUUGGGAAGAGGGGCGGAACGACUACGGACUUCGAAGACUCGGACAGCAGCAAUACGAUACCAUUAUCAACAACAAAAGCAGGGCUCGAUAGCAACACUAAAAGUGUAUAUGGCGAUGGAUGGGAUGUUCUGUGGCUUGGCCAUUGCGGUGCUGAUUUGUCAUACAAAUCAUCCCACGUUUCGCCCUUAAAAGUCGCAAUCUUUGGGGACGAGACCGUUCCUGCACCUAAGCACCUCAAGCCUCACCCAUUUGCUCUACUAGACAAACUCGGCGAGGUGCACCCACCACACACCCGCGUGGUGCACGCGUCUAGCGGAAACGUGUGCAGCCUAGCCUACGCCGUCAGCCAAGCAGGAGCGCGCAAACUGCUCCGUCGAUUCAAUGCCAAUUUCGAAACCCAGUGGGAUUUGGUGCUGCAGAGGUGGUGCGAAGGAGGAUACGUUACGGAAGAGGGAGACCCUCAAGCCGGGCCAGGAGAAGUCGCUCCAGUGUGCCUCACGGUGCAGCCGCCUCUGAUCAGUCACCAUUACUCGAAAGACGGUGCUUCCAACAUCCAGGCCCAAGGCGGCGGGUUUGCGAAGGGGACGGGCACGCCGUAUAUAAGAAUAAGCACACGAGAAAACUUGCAGCGUUUGGUUGCUGGUGUGCCGAGAGAGCAGUUAGUAGAUCAACUACCGGAUGACGGGAAGACUAUCUGGAGGUAGUAGAAAAGGUUUGAGUCGCCUAGUACUGUAAGUAAGUGUACGUCAAGCGACAGCAAAGUAGUAGAUUUUGAUACUCAAAGUAUGAGGACUUAUCAAUUCUAUUCCUAGAAUUGGCCUUCCAUGAAAAUAUUGUGUUUAUUCCUACUCUGAUAUACUGAAUGCAUCAGCCAAUGCAAGUGGAUCCUAUCCUAUGCGGAAGCCAAAGACCAAAAAAAAUCCAAGGAACCUUCAAUGCUUUUGCAAACAUCGCAAGAGUCGGACUCGAACAAACAAUUGAAAAAAAAAAGUAGAAAAAAGAAGCAAAAAACAAAAAGAAAUUGCCCAGUACUGGAGUCGAACCAGUCAUCUCCUCAUUUGCUUCCCCAGUAGUGUUAUAGAAACAUACUAGUGAGGCGCAUUACCGCUGUGCCAACCGGGCUCGGUUGUUAUUGAUGGAAAGCUAGUGCACUAUUUGAUUAUAUCAGUGAGCACAAGCGAGUCAUUGGUCUUUUGUGUUCUCCAUCAACGAUGUUCUUGUUCCACUCGAGAGAGCUAACUUAGACGAGAAUUCUGGUCCACUUGAACCAUUUUCUAGGGUUGGAUUGGGU